AGUCAAUUCCACGCUCAGUCUCAUGUCAACAUUUAUUUUUCGUUAAUUUAAAAUUGCAAUACCCUUGUUGUUCUGUCCAUUGUUUGGUCAUUUGGUGAUUUUCAUUUUCAUUUGCAGUCGUUUCAACUAUUAUUAAUAUUCAGACACGUAAUGUGUAUAGGUUUAUUUUUAAUUAGAUCAAUAGAGUUACAACCCCUUGCAUAGUCGCCUAUUCAGCUUCAACAGCACAGGGGCGUCCCUUGAAAGAUAGCUAACGAAAAUGUCAAGGCAGGCCGCUAGAGGAGGUGAUCCAAGAAAAGUGAAUGGAGAGUUGUUCACUCUUACGUAUGGAGCCCUGGUAGCUCAACUAAUGAAAGACUAUGAAAAUGAUGACGAGGUCAACAAGCAGCUGGAAAAAAUGGGCUAUAACAUUGGUGUGAGAAUGAUUGAAGACUUUUUGGCAAGGGCAAACUCAGGGAAAUGCAAUGACUUCAGAGAUGUGGCAGAAGUUAUCUCAAAGGUGGGCUUCAAGAUGUACUUAGGUAUCACACCUGUUAUCAGUAACUGGAGCCCUUCUGGGGAUGAGUUCUCCUUACUUAUAGAAAACAAUCCUCUGACAGACUUUGUGGAGCUGCCUGAAGGUCAUGAUGCUCUGAACUACUCCAAUAUCCUGUGUGGUGUGCUUAAGGGUGCACUGGAGAUGGUCCAGAUGGACGUUGAUGUUAGAUUUGUCCAAGAUCAGUUAAAGGGAGAUAACAUCACUGAAAUUCGCCUGAAAUUUAUCAAACGCCUUGAGGAUGCUAUACCUGUUGGGGAGGAUUAAGGUGUGCAAUCUCAAAGACGUCAUCUUUCCACCUUCUAGUGAUGUGAAAACAUGCCUGUGGUGCAUGCCACCACCUAUACUAGUGGUGAACUUUACAUGAGAGAAUUUUUUAGUACUUGAUUCAGUGUAAGCACAUCGAACAUGCAGAUUGUGCAAACUUACUGAAUGAAUCGUUUUGGAAAGUUGUGCUGAGGCAAACUUAAGUUUGUCUUCACCAACUUGUCUUUGUGUUAAUUAUUCUUAAUAACUUUCUUGCUGGUGAUAUUAUGGGAGGGUCAUGUAAAUAGAGUUUUUUAGGCUAUUUUCAUGCUUCAGUUGAGGAUGAUAAUACUUUUUCCACAGAAUAUAUCCAUUCUGACAUGAUUAAGACAAGACUACCAAUCCAGGUUGUGGAAUGAGAUUGUAUGGGUGAGACGCUUAAUCUAAAUGUAGUCAGAGUGCUUUGAACACCAUCAUUCAAUAAGCUAUAUAAAUGUACACUAACUGAGAAAGAAGAUUUAAAAGAUUGAUACAGUUCAUAUCGUUCCUUGGACAGAAUUUCUUCUUCCCAGUCUUGUUGAUAACAAUCUUGAAGCCUUUUUUUUUUAAAAGCAAAAACAAAAAGGUCAAGGUCUCCAACCUCUUGGUUUUGCCAGACAUGUCCAAAACCAUAAUGGAAUAACAAAAAACACAGAAGACACCCAUGUCAUUUGGUUUUGAUUAUGAAGAUGUAACGACAUAUUUAUGCUUUGUUAGGUAAUCGAUUUACAGACAUGCAUAAAAUAUGACCAAUGCUUAAUAGUUUUAACAAAUAUAUUGCUGUAUUAGGGUAUCUCAAUAUCUCACCAUAAACUAGUCUGUUGGGGAUUUGUACUGGAACUCGUAGAAAUCGUUUUAGAGCAAAUAGAUGAACUGUUUCAAUGGGAUUUGAAUUAGCUAUAGUGCCUCAUACUUUAGCAGCAUAAGUCAUUGGUUAUUUGCCAUCAAACAAUUUUAAAAAUACAUCUGGGAGUGUUUACUGGAGGUCCAAAGCAACCUAAGUAUUGCAACUUGUCCCUUUCUGGCUUUGCUAGCCAUGUACUGGUAGAGAGAGAGAGUGUGUGUGUGAGAGUAAAAUGUUGGUUUCAAUCCUUUUCUUGCUCUACUGAUGUUUAUUAUCUUUAGUGAAAAGUUUUUGUGUGCAUGUAUACAGGCAUGCACAAGCAGGUUUUUGUAAAAUUCUGCAUUUUGACUAGACGGCUAAAGAACAUAAAAUAUACAUUCAUUAUAUGUUGCCACAUGCUAUCUGAUACCUAUUGCUUUUAAUUCAUAAUACAAUCUUCAUACAUAAUACAAUAUUCAUACAUAUUGCCAAUAUCUUAUGACAAAUAGAAGUUUUGCUAACCCAACAGUAAUAUUACUGAUCUUAGGCAAACAGAGCAGUGUAAGCUACAAAAACAUCAGUUGCAUCAAGUACACUAUAAUAAGAGGACCAGAAAUGUUCCAUUUAAAAUCAUAUUCUGUAGCUGUGGUCUUAAAAUAAUGGUGUAUAAAUUAUGUGAACCUUUUUUGUGAAAAAGUGAGCAGAUUUUACUACUGAAGUCAUUUAGUGCUCACAUUUCUGCUACAGUUAAUUUCCACAAAUAAAUGUGAAACAAUGAAGCUGGCAA